GAAUUUAAAAAAAAAUUGACACUUUCGUUUUUGAAAAAUAUAAAAUCAAAAUAUCGGGCAUUGCAUUGGUUUUUUGGACGUCCAGUGAAUUAGUGAAAAUUAAAUAACAUUAAGUGAAACUAAAAAGUGCGUUUGGCACUAUGACACACAUCAUGGAUAUAAAUGAAGGCACAGUUACAGAUGACUUGUGGACUCCAUACAAGGAGCUGGUCUCAGUAGUGGAGGGCUAUUUAGCUCACGAGGGUGGAGGAGCACCUUAUGCUGUUCACACAUUUGAGUCCGUAUUAAGAAGACACAAGCAAACAUUUUUGUCUUUGCUUAAAAAUCCUGCGAAAAAUGCCACAAGCAGAGAUGAGAUCAAACGUGGCAUCACAGAAGGAGUCACCUUGCCUAGUGUGGGCAGAACACUCCUUUCCAAAGAACUGGUUGAUGAAGCUAUUAUUAUAUCAGAUAUGUACAAUGUGAAUGAGUACUUGGCGUUGGAGUUGUUGCAUACUGCACAGCGGCAGGCUCCCCGUAACCCCGGCCUGCCCAGAGGACUGAUAGCUGUGAUGCUUUAUUAUGACGGCCGCAGAGCUCUUGUGCAGGCCCUAAAGGAACUCUUCAUGGCUAGGGACGGAGUGUGCUGGUCGAUCAGCGCGCGCGAGGAGAUAGUGUCGUACGUGUCGCGGUACGUGCAGCAGCUGGUGGCGGACGGCGUGGUGGAGGGGGUGCUGGACGCGCUGCGGCAACUCACGCUGGAGGGGGAGCUCGACCUGCUGCAGCGGAACCGCGCGCUGCCGCCGCCCGCGCACCACGCGCGCCUCAGGGACUGCAUCGACAACACCAGAAAAUUGCUAGCCGGCGUAAUUUUCGCUGCAUCAGCGCAACGUGGUCUUCACAGAGGUCUCAUCAGGUUAAUAAAUGAGCAAACCACAUCUCCGUCAUUAGGACCAACUGGCGCUCUAGAUGAGGUCUCCUUAGCACUACAGAUGGCGCUACUGUAUGCGUUAGAUUUGUCGGUGUUGCACAGACGUGAAGACGGCGAGGAAUUGGCGAAAAUGUUGCCCCUGAUAGAGGACCCUGAGCUGAUACCCAUGCUAGUGGAGAAACUGUCGCCCGCGUCUCAAGGCGGUGCUGAAAUUGACCCCGCCUCCGGUACUGGCGCUGGUUCCGGUGCCCGGGCGCUGUGCCAGCUGUCCCUGGGUCUGGCGCUGGCGGCGCUGAAGCGAGGCCCGCAGUCCCUGGCGCGACACCACCUCAAGAUGGAGCUGCUGGAGCACGACGAGCUGCUGGUGGACGCCGCCAUCGACGGGAAGGUAUUCGAGUAUUUGGACGAGGCGAUCCUAUCGACAGAUUACGUGUGGAAGGAGGAAUACUACCAGCGCCGCAUACACACGCUCAUCACUGAUUUCAUUGUGCUCAUGCAUUCCAAGCUCAUGGAGAUGAGGGUUAAGGCCGACGAAGCGGCGCGGACCCUCCAGAUGUACAUGGCGGAGGGUCUAGCGCCCCCCGCGGGCGCCGGCGCCAGUCGCACGCGGCUCGACGCGUUACUGCGGUGCGUGGAGCGCCUGUACCGCCGCGACCCGCUCGGGCUGCGGCACGACUACUGGCUCGCGUGCCACGCGCCCCUCAAGCACUGCCCCGCGCACUCGCGCGAGUACAGAUCCGGCGGUCGCGCCGCCACUCUAUACAAGUUCGUCCGUCUGUCCGGCGAGUUGGUUUCUGCCACGUUACUGCCCGCGUACUUGCGGGCGCUGGCCAGCUUAGCGGUGCCGCGACAUACGUGGGCUUUACUAGCGAGACGAGACGCAUUAUCUGCACAUCAUCUUCUAACUGCCUUACAACGAUACCAUACGAACCUCCGCGCGGACCCUCAACCGUUCUCGGAUCAUCAACAUUCGUCUCUGGGCGCGUCGGCCAUAAUAACUCCGGCCGCCCGCCCUGGGAAACUGCUUGUGAGACAAGAAGAGGUGGAAGCAAUGAUAGCCGCAUUGAAACUGAUCGCGUCAGUGGCGAAACAGGACGAGGCCGCCUGCGCUAACAUCUGCGAGAACUUGCAGUGGGACGCUGUCAAUGUCAUGUUUGGUCUGGUGUGCUGUCACGUGCCCAUCCAGCUGAAGGCGGAGCUGCUGACGACGCUGGGGGCUCUAGGGGGCACCACCGCCACCGCCGGCCGCGUGUGGGCCGCGCUCGAGGCCGCGCGCCUGGUGACCGCCAACGACGACAAGCGGGCGCUCACCGCCGACCUCAACGAGGUGGAAUGCCGCAUGGAAGACUACCCGCUGUCGCGCGCGUUCGUGUCGCUUCUGAUAUCGCUGGUGACCGCAGGCCCGGUGCCUCGAGCCCUGGGGGCGGGCACCAGGGCUCCGGGGCUGGAGCCCUAUUUACACCACGUACUACAUCGCCUCGCUCUACCAGCGCCACAUCGGCCCCACGCCCGCCCCGCCGCUAGAUGGCAGAUGCUGUCCCUCUGCUUCCGCCUUUUCGCUCUAUGGCUGGAGCAAUACGAACCGUCACCGUCCGAUUUCCCGCCGCCGGGUCGAGAGCCGGAUGUGAACCCGCCGCCUGGCUUCCGGCUGCUGCUACUGGUGCAUUCCAAGUCAGAAUUACUGAGACUACUGCUCAACUCGGUAGACGACGCUUUCGAUAUACUCGACCGACAACUGCUCGUUCAGGGAAAGGAAUUUGUAGAAGAAAGCCUGGUGAGCGUGCUGCAGAUCUUAGAGCGAAGUCUGGCGUUGGAACGGGCGCUCGUAGCCGCUGCCAACGAGGCGGGCCGCGGCGUACUCAUCAUUGGACUUUCAAAGCUCAUACUGGCGAAUUCUAGCGAGACGGGCAGCGGAGCGACCGGCGGCAACUCGUCGUGGUGGGGCGACGACCGCGUAGUACGGUGGUGCCGGGUGGUCCGCCUCGGGGGAGAGAUAUCCGCGCGCGCCACUCAACUGCUGGCGCGCGCGCUGCAAGCGCCCCACGCCGCCACACACCUGGUGUGUGCGCUGGCGCACCGGCACGCGCUCGCCGCGGACAUCAGACAUGGGUUCGUGGAAUGCCUGGAGGCCGAGGAGUGGGGUCCUCAGGCCGAUGUGGUCCGGCAGACCAAGGAGGGUAUCCUGUUGCUGCUGCACCAAGCACUGCCCACAGCGUCGCCCAACCUCGCGCACUAUCUGCUGGGCUACCAGCCCCUGGAGGAUGUAAGCAAGAGCGCGUUGAACGAGCCCGGCGCGGGCGGGUCCCCUCGCACGUGUCUCCACUCCAUACUUGACAUUCUGGACCAACACAUCGCCGGACAGAGCGCUUCUGAUAGGGAAGCGACAAACCUUGUGGAAAGUUGCUACAGAUUGGUUUACUGGCUGUGCGCGCGGCCUAACACUUCGGCGCCGGUGCUGCGGUAUUUACGCACCAGGGAUUACUUCCUCUCACGCCAUAUAAAGGCUACCAUCAAUCUAGAGACGGCGGGUGCGGUGACGCUGUCCGCUCGCUCCUGGCUCCUCCGGGCCUGCGCUUGUGAGGCCGGCGCUGCUGCCGCCGCCCGCCACCACGCCGCCCUCGCCACGCUGCUGGCCGCCCUCACCCGCCCGCCCCACCCGCACCAACACGCGCAAGAAUGGGAAUGGUGCUUACUACGUCGCACUCUAGAAGGGCUCCCCGUAAGCGUGGAGGCGGCACAAGAACCUCGUUGGGAACUAUUCCACGCGCAUCAACUUAGAACUGCACUCGCCGCCUGCGACUUGCCUACACGCAUGGGAGGCAAACGAAUCAGCGUGUCUCGAGUCCACGCAUUACUGUCCCGCGAGCUGGCAGCUCUGAACGCUACCGCGCCACAACGGAAUCUGGUCGCACAAGAAAUACAAAAGGUUUUAGAUUACGUUACUGAAGUAAACAGACAGCGAAACCUAGCGGCGACACUUACACACUACUACGACUCCUGGCGGCAAUUGACCGAAAUAUUAUUCUGUGUCGCACCACCAGAUAUUCUUAAUCUCGAAUCCAGGAAAAACCUUCUUCUCAAUAUUUUACAAGACCUAUUAAACAAGAUACCACCAGCUGAAGUACUCCCGCAGUUAGGGAACCUCGCCUCCGGCACAGUAUUGUUACUUCUAGUCAACCUACGACAUUGUUACAUAAUGCAGAAAAGGGAGACCAACUUAGACGCGUCCGAGUUCGAAGCGUCAUUCUUUGGUCCUUCGAGUCAAAUCAUGCAAACGAAGUCGUUGACACUUAAGUUUAUACUGCACAAGAUAUUGAGCUGGAUCCUAGUCUCUGGAGCGUCCACACAGAAGAUGCGAGUGAAUCUCUACGGGGCGUUAUUGAACUAUCUAAAUAUUGUCAAUUUGAAAACCAGCGCUGCGGACCCGGAGGAAGAUGCGAAUUCGACUUACGUCAGUAGAUUGGAUAGUUCGAAAGCGAGGCCCACUAAAGAAGAAUCGGCUUUGAAGUCAAUGGUGAUAGAUGUGAUCAGUGGUUUCGGCGAGAACUUGUGUUCGAUUGUGUGUAGUGAUUGUAUUGGGGGCGGGCACGACGUUUGCCGCAUGGUGGCGCUGGCGUGCUUGGAUUCCCUUCUAGAGAUACAUCCGCGAACUGAUUGGAUAAACACGCUCACGAAUCAAGGCUAUCUGAGAAGUCUCAUCGACAGUCUAAUGCAAGACGACGAGGGAUUGAAAGAGGCGUUAGAACCAAAUCCGAAGUCGCUUCGUGUACUAUACGUGUAUGAGUCAAAAAUGGCGUUGCUCAUGAAGUUAGCCGGGAAUCGCGCCGGAGCGGAAACAUUACUGUCACAGGGGGCGCUAUCUUCACUCGCCAACAUGCGCGUGUUUUCCUGCCAUCCGGAUAUUCACGCUGCCAACGACCACGGACAAGAUACGCAGUUCCUACCACCAGUCACCGAUAGGUUCCGUCAGAUCCUAGUCCCAGCGUUGGCGCUGUGCGAUGCGCUACUAACCGCGUUAGGAACAGGCAACCACAGUUGUGUGCUACAUGUGACUCAUUUGCUGCUCAGCCAUGCCGAUGUGUUGGAUAUGGUGCUUAGGGCGGCCCACCCGAACUCUCCGCAAGAGCUGCUCAUCGAGACGGAAGCAUUAACAUCGGUGAUAGCGCGCGCGUCCGACGCCUCGGUGUUCGGCGCCGUGAGCGCUGACACAGCGCUGCAGCACAGCGGCGCAGCGCUGCAGCGGCUGCAUGCACUCAUGUUGGCGCUGCUGCCGCGGUUUGCUGCCCCGCCACACGCUGCUGCGCCCGACCACGCGGAUACCGACCACGCGCUCUACUACAAGGUGACACUAGCGCGCUCACGAUGUGAUAGCGCGCGCGUCCGACGCCUCGAGCGCUGACACAGCGCUUUAGCACAGACACAGCGCUUUAGCACAGCGGCGCAGCGCUGCAGCGGCUGCAUGCACUCAUGUUGGCGCUGCUGCCGCGGUUUGCUGCCCCGCCACACGCUGCUGCGCCCGACCACGCGGAUACCGACCACGCGCUCUACUACAAGAUCGUAUGCAAUCUCCUCACGUUCGCUCGCAACAUGGUCGAGCACGACGGCACGCGCGCUCUAUUCCGACCCUCGUUGAACGGGGCCGGCGCCAGGGUCGGAGCCGGGGCAGGGGCCGGCGCAGGGGCGGGCGAAGGGGGCCCGCAUGUGGGGUCCCUGCUGCAGCUGCUGCAGAACACGCUGCAGCGCACCCAGCACCUGGACAAGUUGUUGGCCACGCAGCAGCAUCAGUUGCACGGCGUGCCUUCUAUGACGCUUUCUGACAUCAAAAAGUUGUUAGGCGAUGACAGCGAACUGGUAUCGCCUGCGGAAGGUCGCGCCCGAGCGAUAUGCUUGCUGAGGGGGCGCGUACAGUCGCGGCGUCGCGAGCUGGAGCGCGCGCGGUGCGCACUCGACGCAGCACUGUACCUCCUGUGGGCCAACUUACGCGUGCAUCUGCGACUCACUGCGGUAGCCACGCCUUCUGCCAAGGACGACUCGCAUGAUAUGUCCCUAACGACGGGCGGCGCUUGGCGCGGCGCGGGAGGCGACGAGCUGCCGGAGCUGCGUAAAGGGCUCAUUACCGCCCUCAGCGAUCGCUUCACCGACGAGCUGCUCGACACCACCAAGAACCAGCCAGCGCCACAGCGUGGCUUCCUAGAAGUGCUCCUGAAAGACAUCAAGAUAAUGGUCCAGUUCUCGCCGCUGUGACAUGUGUUUCCGUCUGCCAUUCAAUCCUGUUGUUAAUCAUAUGAUCCAUUUGUAUUAAAUAAGUAUUUUUGUAAAGCUGUCA